GGUUACUUAACAUACGCCCACUUAGCUCUUACAUGAGCAGGGAGUUAGCUAAAGAAGACAAACAUACUUCCUACCCUCAUGAAACUUACAGGCUAGGAAACACAUGAGUCAUUAAUUAUACAUUUGAUACAUGUUCUGAAGGCAAAAGGAAAUGUCAUGAUAUAUAGGAACCAGGAGAGCUGUGUGAAGAAGGCAGGUCAUGAAGGAACUCACCUGAAGAGAGAAUAAAAGCAUUUCAAGGAGAGGGCACGACGACUGAGUCUCUGAGGAGGGAAAGAGGGGAUGUUUGAGGAAUGGAGAGGAGGCCAGUGUGUGGGGCACAGUGAGCCAAGGGGAGAGGUAGGAGUUGAGCUCAGAGAGGUGCACAGGGGGACAAUCACGUAAGUCAUGAAAAGCACUGAAAUGGGAACUACUGCUGGGCUUAAAGCAGGGGAGUGAUAUAAUUUAAGUUUCAAAGGAUCACUCUGCUGAGCAGAGACAGGCUGGAAGUGGAAGCAAAGGCAGGAGCCCCACUUUGAGGUCACUGCAGUUGCCUGGACAUGAGGUGGGGUGACGGUGAGCGUUCAGGUACUGGAAAGCCGAUGAAUUCAGAGCCAGUAGCUGGGACAAGUGCUGCACCAGCUUAGUCUUGCUCAGGGACAGUCACAGAGGGCCUCCUGCAGGAGGUGACCCAUUAGUGGUAUCAUAAAAGAUUUGUUUGCAGACACAUGGGGUCAGAGGAGGAGGACCCUCCAGGAGAGAGAAGAGCUAUAGGAUAAAGGCAGGAGGUACACAGAGGAGGUGUGCUGGAGUUGUUCCAUCUUCGCAGAGAGAUCCACAGGAGAAUGUAUGGUUUGUUAGUAGUAAGUAGUUGUAACUGUUCACUAUUGUUAGUUACAGGUGUGCAGCUGGGGCGGGAGCACUGGGCUGGAGAUGGAGAGAUGAGGUUUGCUGGCCUUCACAAGGGAACUGGUGACAGAGGAAGGGCCAAGAAGACUCCAGGUAAAGGAGCUCCAGGCUUUGGGCGGGGAGCCCUGCUUCGCAUGAACAUCUGGCCAGCUGUCCGGGGGGCCUGCAAACAGCUGAAGCUCUGUGAACAUUGUGUGGAGGGGGACAAAGCACACAACCUCUCUGGCUGUGUGUGGGAACAGUGUCGGCCAGAAGAGCCAGGAUAUUGUGUGGCCCAAGCUGAGGUGGUCAAGGAAGGUUGUUCUGUCUACAAUCACUCCAAGUCAUGUCCAGCUGCCCACCACCACCCCACCUAUGAACCAAAGACAGUCACAACAGGGAGUCCCCCAGUCCCCGAAGCCCACAGUCCUGGCUUUGAUGGGGCCAGCUUCAUUGGGGGUGUCGUGCUGGUGCUGAGCCUGCAAACGGUGGCCUUCUUCAUCUUGCGCUUCCUUAAGGCCAAGGAUAGCACCUACCAGACACUGGAGGAGAACCAGUAGGUGAUAACCCAGGAGAGCCUUUGCCUGCAGCUCUGUGGCUGUGGCAGAAUCCUGGGCCAUGUGUGCAGUUUGGUUUUCCUCAGAAAAGGGGAGCUGCUCUGAGGCCCCUGUGUGCCGUGUGUGCUGUGGGGUGGGUCACCGCAGCCUCCAUUACAGUGUUUGCUCCUCCAGCCAUGGCCUGCUCUCUGGAGGUGGGGGUCCUCCGCCUGGCGGAGGCAGGACCAUGGCUCUGUCUGGCCUCUGCAGAAUCUGACCCCCUUCAAGCCUGGGUUACACACUGACAGGGAAGGUGGAUGAAGAGCCCGCCCUCUUGGCCCCUUAUAGGCACUGGGGGUGGGAAAAGCUUUGGCCACCAAUUCUGGCCCUUGGGUGCACUGAGCAGGCUCAGUGCCCUAUACCUGACGUCCCUGCCUGUCUUGGGCCUGAUACCUGCAGCUGAGAGCAUCCUUCAGCCACCUCCCAUCUCGUCGUCAUCCCUGUGGGCCCUCUGCUUGGCACUGGCUCUUCCCAGCAACCUGGCCUGGGCACUGCCCACAAAUAAAGGAACUCUUGCCAUCACUG